GCACUCGAGUUCCAAACCAGUUACCAUAUGCAAAGUAUAUCUGAAUCUGACCUUGCUUGUUCCCCUCCAAAUGAUGUCCCAUAAAGAACCCAAAGAAAGUUUCCUUUUCAAAGUUUCUUCUAUUUCAAAUAAGCACAUGCAAGUGGUUAAUUGAUGAUGACAAAACACAUUUGUGAUAGAAGGGAAACGUGAGAAGAAAAUUGGUGCUGUAGAAUGGAGAGUUUAUGGAAUCAAAUGAGGGUGCAACUUACUGGUACAGAGGAGAACAAAGCUGAUAUUGGUGCCACAAGGAAUCAGAAAAUACCUAUACAGAAAACUCAAUCCUUCAAAGCAGAGAAGAAAAGGGGUCAGAAUUGGCUCCAAAAACAGCUGUUGGGUAAAACAAGCCGUGAUUAUGACUCCAUAGAAAUGGUGCAUGCUGCUGCAGUGGCUGCUGCUGCAUUCUCAAUUAAUUUGCAAGAGACCUCUGACCAGAAGAGUGAGACCCCAGAGGCCUCAUUGGCCAGGUCCAAAAGCAAGGUGGACAGCACAAAAUCUUCGAAGUCCCUACUUAGUAGUGCAUCCAAGCGAUUAUCAGGUUCAUUUAGAUCUAAAGAUGACCAGGGUGACAAGGUGUCAAUAUCCUCGGUUACAGAAGAAAAGAAGCCGGAAAAGGCCAUUACAGCUGCACCGUCAACGAAAAAGACUUCAACUUUCACUGGGAAAACAACUGACAGAACAACACCAAAAGCUCCUCCUCCACCGCCGCCACCACCACCACCACCAAUAAGGAAGACUUCAAAGAAACCUGGCCCUCUAAGAAACACUACAACAGGAUCAAGUGCUGAGGAGACAAAUGCAGAUGAAUGGGAGAGAACUGAGCUCGACAAGAUCAAACAAAGGUUCGAGAAGUUGAAAGAGAUAAUAGAUUCAUGGGAAGACAAGAAGAGGAUGAAAGCCAAACGCAAGCUAAUUAAGCAAGAGAGUGAACUUGAGCAUAGAAGGUUGAAAGCUUUGGUGAAAUUUCAAAAUAAGAUGAAGUAUGUAAAUCAAGUUGCAGACGGAGCAAGAUACAAGGCAGAAGAAAACCGAAAGAAUGAAGAGCUACAAGCAAAAGGGAAGGCAGGAGCAAUUCGAACAACAGGCAAACUGCCACGGAAUUAUUUCUGCUUCUGAGAUCACCCAUUACAAAUAUCAAGGAGUUUAAGGCAAAGAUCUAAGUGUUUGUUAUAUAGUUCUAUCUAUUGCUCCUAAACAUCAUUUCUAGUAAAACAAUACAUGAUGCUAUAUAAAUUGAAAAAACAGAAUUGUAAGUUUCAGCAAAUACAUGAGCUACUUGUGUAAA